AUGUAUAACCUUGCGUCCCAAAUACGCAGCCCUAAAUUAAGGACAAUCCGUACUGAUAUUGAUAUCUACAAGAAGGUAGAUGGCGAAAUCAAGUCUGAGUACAUCAAAAUGAGGAAAAGGGCCGAACUGCAGGGUAUUGAACAAAUCGUGCUGCAAUCCCGAAAAUUGUUGACUGAGUCUCGAGAUGAGGAAGCGGACCUGGAGGAUAAGUGCCUCAUACAGCGUCUACAAAAAGCGAAUCACGCUCGUCGCCAGCUGUUUGAGUGUUGGAGGCGGUCCAAACAACAAUCUAUUCAAGCAGCAUCCAAGGCUAUCGAAACCGUACCUAGUUCACAACAUCAUGACGAAAGGCUGACGAGAGUGCCAAAGCACCACAUACCCUCUUCGGUGCAACUCUCUGAGAUUUCACGAUUAUUGUUGUCUUCAGUUCCUGCGCUUCCCAAAGACUAUAUCCUGAGGGGUAACAACAAAUAUACGUACUCGGGAACGAGUCCAGGUCUCACUGUUCAUGGACUCUCCGGUGAAAAGACAAGUCGAAAACUGAACGCUGGGCUAGAUCGCACCUCAAGCAUGACCUUCGACCCUAUGUCUGUACAUACGAUGGUUGUACCGAACCAAAUGUGCUAUACGAUAGCUGGGAAGAGUGGACACGCCAUGAGCAAUGCGCGCAUCAGCAAAGUAUAUGGCGAUGUCCGGAGCACCCUCAGCAUGAAUACGUUGAGCUUGCUGCGUACGAAGAUCACGUGA